AUACGUAUGACUUGGUGAGUUUUCAAGCCCUAAUCUAACCAUUUCCCCGGCCCAAGCAGCGUCCCAACGCAGCGAACCAUUUACAAACGGAGCCCAGCGCAGAAGUGCUAAACGCUCACAGGCCAUUCUCACUGGAACGCUUGGCCACCUCCCUGGCAGUGCCCAUUCUCAGUGGACCCGAGGCCUCCGAUUGCGAUUUUUCACAGUUUCUAGAAUCCCAGAUUCGCAGCCCCUUCGCCCCCUGACCUUCAAUUCAGUGCUUCCUGGUGUAAUUAAUUGGCUGAAUCUGGAUGGGAGAAAGAAAAAAGAGCAGAAGAUUAGAGAAAGCGGCCUUAGUGAAAAGGUUCAGUGGAAAAAAAUGUUUAUUUGAAGAAGUCAGAUUAAAUCCUGAAUGUUCUCAUCAAGAUGAUGCAUUACCGACUCUACAAUCAAUUUCUUCUUUGAAUGAGAAUGAUAGACUGGGGGAAGAGAUGAAUGGUUUAGCUGUCGAAAAUGAAACGGUUCAGAAUGUUUUUUUUAAUAUUUUAAAACCGUGAUUCUACAGUUCUACUAUGUUUAAUUUAACAGAUUGAAGCCUUUUUAUAUUAUAAAGAUAUUGAAUUAUUAUUACCCAUGUUAGUUCAGGCAAAAAAGAGUUUUACAAUUUCUUUAGAUUAAGCCCAUUUUAAAUUCUCCUCCCCUAGGCCUUCAAACAGACAGGACCGGCCCUGCACUCAAGCUUACAGCCCGUCUAUCUCUGUCAACGGGGAAGUCCUCUACUGCGCACGCCUCCCAUGGCUCUCCGUCUGCUGCAGCUUUCAGGCCCGGCGCCUGUAGCUGACCAUCUGCUAGGCCUCAAACUAUAAAUCUUCGACUCAGUAGGCCCUGAUCCGCAACUUGUGUUUCUCUCGAGAGAGAUUGUGGCCGUAUGAACAGGUGAAUUGUGGAGAGAAAUGAAGGGGAUGGGAAAUGGGGAUCUGUUCAAAUCGACGACACUGAUAAAAGUUGCGGCCUUGACAUUCUUAGCAGUCACAUUCUUCUACUUCGGCAAGCACUGGUCUGGCGGCCAGCAACAACCGCUCGUUUUCUUUAAUUCCCGCCAAGAUACUCUUCCUUCCACUGCUUCUAAUGCAGGUGCAACCGUUUCGCUCUCCCGUAAUGUCAACAAAACAUUUGAUUUGUCGUCUGUCCUAAACGACACAGUUUCAAGAAGCACUCAGCAACCCAAAGAAGAAGAGCAACAGGAACAGAAGCCGGAUGCAUCUCCGCCUCCUCCACUUCCACUACCUCCACCACCUCCUUCGUUUCAGAGAAUGGGAGUGGUGGACGAGAACGGAGUCAUGAUGGAAAAUUUUGAGGUGGGACUGUUUGAUGCUGAUGUAGUAGAUAAUUGGGCUCAAGGGAAUGAGACGGAUGAAGAGGAAGCAGAGGAAGGUAGGAGUAUUAGGGUUAGUAAGUUCGUAUUGUGUUCGAAUAGCUUCAGGGAAUACAUACCUUGCUUAGACAAUGUUGAGGCUAUUAAGAAAUUAAAAUCAACUGAGAAAGGGGAAAAGUUUGAACGCCAUUGUCCUGACAAAGACAAGGCGUUGAAUUGCUUGGUUCCUGCCCCUAGAGGUUACCGAACACCAAUUUCAUGGCCUAGAAGUCGUGAUGAGGUUUGGUUCAGCAAUGUUCCACAUGCUCGCUUAGUUGAAGAUAAAGGAGGCCAAAAUUGGAUAACAAUAGACAAGGAUAAGUUCAAGUUUCCUGGAGGUGGCACUCAAUUCAUUCACGGGGCAGAUCAGUACUUAAAUCAGAUUGAGGAGAUGGUGCCUGAAAUUGCAUUUGGCCGCCAUACACGUGUCGCUUUGGAUAUUGGCUGUGGUGUUGCAAGCUUUGGUGCAUAUCUUUUAUCACGCAAUGUUCUCACCCUCUCAAUCGCUCCAAAAGAUGUCCAUGAAAAUCAGAUUCAGUUUGCACUUGAGCGGGGGGUACCUGCCAUGGUGGCUGCUUUUGCAACAAGGCGUCUAUUAUAUCCCAGUCAGGCAUUUGAGUUAAUUCAUUGUUCAAGGUGCAGGAUUAAUUGGACUCGCGAUGAUGGUAUUUUGUUACUUGAGGUCAACCGGAUGCUUCGUGCAGGAGGCUAUUUUGUUUGGGCUGCGCAGCCGGUUUACAAACAUGAACCAAACUUAGAAGAGCAAUGGGAAGAGAUGGUUAAUCUCACAAACAAUCUUUGCUGGAGACUUGUAAAGAAGGAGGGUUAUAUUGCAAUAUGGCAGAAGCCCUUAAACAACAGCUGCUAUUUAAACCGAGUGCAAGGGACCCAUCCACCAUUAUGUGAACCCGAUGAUGAUCCAGACAAUGUCUGGUAUGCUGAUAUGAAAGCUUGCAUAACACAUCUGCCAGAGAAUGGAUAUGGUGCAAAUGUCACGAAUUGGCCAGCACGUCUUAAAGAUCCCCCAGACAGGCUGCAAAGCAUAAAAUUUGAUGCUUAUAUAUCAAGAAAAGAGCUUUUCAGGGCAGAACUGAAAUACUGGGUUGAAAUAAUUGAGGGCUAUGUCCGUGCAAUGCAUUGGAAGAAAUUCAAACUUAGGAAUGUGUUAGACAUGAGAGCUGGUUUUGGUGGAUUUGCUGCUGCAUUGAUUGAUUCCAACUUUGAUUGUUGGGUUCUGAAUGUGGUUCCAGUGAGUGGGCCAAACACUUUACCCGUUAUAUAUGACCGUGGACUUAUAGGCGUUUUGCAUGAUUGGUGUGAACCAUUUGAUACAUACCCAAGAACAUACGAUUUCUUGCAUGCUAAUGGGCUCUUUUCCAUUGAGCGAAAAAGAUGCAACAUAUCAACAAUCAUGCUA